GAGCUUCACGUGCUUACCCCACCGCCCCCAUCUGCCUCAUCUCCCACGACACACGGCGCUUGGCCUAUUCACAGCAGACAGUCACCGUACCGUCAAGUGUAUACCAGCCUGGGCUCCAGCUGCAUCUCAAGACCAACAACGGCAGAAGACUUUGCCCUUGCUCUUUGACUCCUCCAUCGCCGUCAACGACACGCCGCCGCCAUGUCCUUCCCAAACAUCUGGCAUCACCGGAAGGUCGCCGACACGGCAUCCCGUGGUUGCGAGAUCUGCUACAAGCCCACGACCAGCGUCCUCGCGACGCCGGGCAAGCAGGACUUCUUCUACACGUGUGUCACUCACCUCAAGGACAAGAGCCUCUGCUCUCCCAUCGUGGACCAGGAGGCCCUUGCCGCGAAGAAGAAGAAGGAGAUGGACGAGGAGCUCGAGAAGGUGAAGAAGGAGUACGAAGAGAAGCAGCGCCUCAAGAAGGAGCGUGAAGAAGCCAAGGACAAGAAGAAGGACGGCGACAAGGAGAAAGACAAGGCCGACGACGAAAAGUCCAAGUCGAGUGAUGACAAGGAGGAGAAGUUGGGAGACAAGAAAGCGCCUGCCGGCACCGAAACUCCCAAGGAGGAAGAAGAACCUCGCGUGUUUGCUCUUCAAAAGAAUUUCCAUCAGCAACGAGUUGACAGGAAACGACAAGCCGAGAGGGCUAAGAAGCUAAGAGAGCAAAUGCGCGACCCAAACUUCUUUCCUUCUGUGCCCAAGGACCAGCCAUGAAGGAUGUAGCAGUCUUAUGCGCCAUGAAGUCAACUUCACGCACUUGCUGAUCACUGCAUGCCGCUCGGGGGACGCCUCACGAUGGACCCACGUACGUAUGGUUGACCAACCGUCAGCACGGUUCAGGAUGGUGGCCCAGGUCGGUACUUCUGCCAC